ACGGCGCUGUUGCUGUUGCUGGCUGCGGCGGCGGAGCGUCGCCUGCCCGCGCCGCGCCGUGCAUCGCCCGAUGCCGACGCCUUCGACGGGUACAGGGCGCACGCCCACCUCGUCAACCUCACCGCUAUCGGAGCCCGGGUGGCCGGCAGCUACGAGAACGAGGUGCUGGCGGUGCGGUGGGCGGUGCAGGCGCUGCGCCAGGUGGCCGCGCACGCCUCGCCGCACAACUCCCUCGAGAUCGACGUGCACUCGGCCAGCGGCGCCUUCCCCCUCACCUUCCUCGACGGAAUGAACAACGUGUACCGCGACGUGCAGAGUGUGGUGGCGCGCGCACGCGGCCGCGGCGGGGAGACGUCGAGCGCGCGCCGCACCGCCCGCCCCACUCGCACCGCCCUGCUCAUCAACUGUCACUACGACACCGUGCCCGGCAGUCCCGGCGCGAGUGACGACGGCGCGGGGUGCGCGGUGGCGCUGGAGGCGCUGCGGGCGCUGCUGGCGGCGCCGCGUCCGCUGCGCCACGACCUCGUGCUGCUGCUCAACGGCGCCGAGGAGAACAUCCUGCAGGCCUCGCACGCCUUCAUCACCACUCACAAGUGGGCGCGGGACGUGCGCGCCUUCGUGAACAUCGAGGCGUGCGGCGCGGGUGGGCGCGAGGUGCUGUUCCAGGCGGGCCCACACGACCCUUGGAUGCUGGAGGUGUACGCCGGCGCGGUGCCGCAUCCCUUCGCUUCCUCGCUGGCGCAAGAGCUGUUCCAGAGCGGCCUCAUCCCCGCAGACACCGACUUCCGCAUCUUCCGCGACUUCGGCGGUCUUUCGGGCAUGGACCUGGCGUGGAGCAGCAACGGCUACGUGUACCACACGUGGCUGGACACGGCGGCGCGCGUGCCCCUCGCCGCGCUGCAGCGCACCGGCGACAACGUGCUGGCGCUGCUGCAAGGUCUGCUGGCGCGGCCCGAGCUGGAGCGCGAGCCCGAGCGCGGGGCCGCGGCGCCCGUGUUCUUCGACGUGCUGGGCGUGGCCGCGGUGGCGGUGCGCGCGCCCGCCGCGCUGCUGGCCGCCGCCGGCGCGCUGGCGCUGCUGCUGCUGCGUCUGCAUCUCACCGCCGCGCACGCCCGGGCCCAGCUGUAUAUGAAGCGAGGCGAGUGGGCGCGCGUGGUGUGCGGCGCGGGCGCGGCCGUGGGCGCGGGGCUGGCGGGCGGGCUGGGCGCCAGCGCGGCCGUGGGCGCACUGCUGCACGCGCUCGGAGCGCGCCUCGCCUUCUACUCUCGCCCGUGGCUGCUGGUCCCGCUGUACGCGCUGCCAGCGGUGUGCGGCUGCUGGGCCACGGCGCGCUGGACGUGGGCGCGGGCGGUGGGCGCGCGGGGCGCGGCGGUGCGCGGCUGGUGGCGCGCGCGCGCUUGCGGCGAGGCGGUGUGCUUGUGGGGCGGUGUCGCGCUGGCGGCGUGCGCGGCGCGCGGUCUGCGCUCCGGCUUCGUGCCGUUCCUGUGGGUGCGUGUGGGCGCGGGGCGGGGGUGGGCGAGGGCGAGGCGAGGUGGGGUCGCGCUGACGGGCGGCUGGGCGCAGGUGGCGUGCGGCGCGGCGGCGGACGUGGGCGCGAGCGCGGUGCGGGCGGCGGACGGGCGACGCGCGGUGCUGUGGGCGCUGGGCGCGGCGCUGCCGGCGGCGCACACCGCCUACCUGGCGCUGGCCUCGCUCAACAUGUUCGUGCCGAUAAUGGGUCGCGCCGGCACUCCUCCGGUCCCCACUGACGUGCUGAUGGCGCUGCUGGUGGCGCUGCUGACGCUGAGCACGCUGAGCUGGGCGCUGCCGCUGGCGGUCGCGGCGCCGGAUCUCAAUAAACUGGUGCCUAACGCGCAUUCUUUAUGCCAGAAGGAAACAAACGAGAGAAGUAUAGAGCAGGAGAGGCGUGGGGCGCGGCGUGCGUGUGACGCGUGGGGCGCGGCGUGCGUGGUGGCGGCGAGCGCGGCGCUGGCGGCGAGCGGCGGCGCGCGCGCUGCAUACAGCGGCGAGCGGCCGCAGCGCGUGCUGUUGUUCCACACGCGGCGCACGGACCACGCGCGCGCUCCUCCCUCCGUCGACAACUUCUUCUGGAUACCGGAGAUAGACGCCAACACGCCGCACUCGCUCGUCGGAUACGUGGAGGGCGUGGAGAGCGCGCGGGCGGGCGGGGCGGCGGGCGGGGCGGCGGGCGAGGAGGAGUGCUCGCGCUGGGUGUACUGCGGCGCGCCCUACUACCUGCCGGUGCGGCGGCUGAUCGCGCGCGGACACUCGCUGCCGGCGCGCUCGUCGCCGCGCACGCGUCUGCAGGUGGCCGCGCACCGCCGGCGCCUCAACGACACCACCGCGGCGCUGCACCUCCACAUACGAGGGCCGCAGCACGUGGUGGUGGUGGUGGCGCCGGCGGAGGGCGCGCUGCUGAGGUGGAGCUCGGUGCUGGCGCGGCCGCUGGAGGGCCCGCGCUGGGGCCGCCGCCGCACCUACUUCCUGAGCGUGCACCACGCGCGUGCGCCCGCAAACAUGCACCUCGAGCUGCACAUACAGCACGAGGAGGUGGAGGGGGAGGUGGAGGGGGAGGCGGGGGGGCAGGUGGCGCAGCUGUCGGUGGCGGGUCACAGCAUGUUCGGCGAGGACGCGCUGUCGGAGGAGCAUCAGCAGCUGCUGGAGCGCCUGCCGCCCUGGACCGCGCCCUUCGGCUGGGGCGUGGACCUGCACCUCUUCGCCCUCUAGCGUAAAACAAUAGUGGGAAUUGACGUAGGGUUUAUGUCUUAGAUAAAUUAUUGGGUUUGUCACUUGGCUGUGUCCGAGCGACACACGUCGCCUCGGUUUACUACGGGUUUAGAGUUGUCGAGAUUAUGAAAAAACAUAUUGAUCUAAAUAAUUUCUUUGACAACAGUAUUUUUUUAUUAUAUAAAAUAACAUCAUUCUACUAAUUAAUUUGGCUCGGUGGAUAAAAGUGAGAAGUCAUAUUGUCAUGUCUUACUUUUUUGUUUGUGUUAUUUUCUACUUCUCGGUGAGACUAUUUUCUGACAAACAAACUACAAUACCAAUGUCUCUUGUACUUUAUAUGUACUGUACUGUAUAUAUUUAAAAUAUUUUAAGCUAAUCAAACACAAACUUUUCCUUUCAAAUAUUUGGUGAUGGAUGACCAUCUCCAUCAGAAAAUGUGGAGUAAGAGGACCUUAUUAAAAUGUUGUUAAUGAAGUUGCUAUGUUUAUAUUUUUACGCUUAGAUAAAUAGGUAUGUGGGAAAUAAUCAAAUUAUUCCAAUAGUUGCACUGGUUUAUUAAAAAAUGUUGUGUUUAAAAAUGGUUUUAUUUUUUCACAUAGUGUAAUGUAACAGCAGAGGCAGUUU